GAGAGAGAGAGAGAGAGAGAGAGAGAGAGAGAGAGAGAGAGAGAGAUGAAAAUGUGCACAAUCUUUGAUGGCAUUGUGGUUGGCCGCAUGGUGGUGGUGAAGGAGGUACUGUGCAGCCGGGAUUGGGUGCACAAGCCCGAACUGGUGUUCAGCGCGAACAUCACCGCUCAUUCUGACAGGUGGUACGACGUGCAUGUUGGCGGGUUGUAUGCCAUCGAGUUGAUGGCGGCGAUUGGAUACAACGACGAUGAUCUGCUAUCCAAUGUCAUCUUCUUCGCGAAGAAAUUACACAACAUCAUCUCGAACGAGUGCGAUUGUGAUAACCUUGACACUGUCGGUGAUGUAAUCCAGCAUGUGAUGUCGGCCAUAGUCGAGGAGCACGAUGGCAAACUGGUGGACACCCCUUUCUACAAAACUGCAUUGAAACCCCUGCUGAGGGGGCAGACCAUAUCUGCACGGGCUGGUACAACGUUGGGAUCCGAAGGAUGAUAAUCGGUGGUGUCGUCAUCGGUGAGAAGCGCACGUGCGUUAUGGCGGGACAGCCGGCAUCUGCUCCACGAACGGGACGCAGGUACGGGCGGGGGGUGGUUGUAAACAGCAGGGAAAACAACUGUCUUCCCUUUGGAAUGAAUUUUCACUUUUUUC